GCUCGCUGGGUGCGGCUCGGGGGGUGGGGGGCUGGGCAGGUUCUCGACCCCCGCGGGUCACAUCACUCCCGAUCGCGGCACGCUGCGACGUGCUCCGCGACGGUUUCCUCCGCCGCCGCUGGGGUCUGCGGGUGGUUGCGCCUCGCUGCCUCGCUGCAUAGUUUGUGCAAUCUGGCGCGCCUCGUGGGCUGCGAGGCAUAUAUGCGCGGGCCGGCGGGGCGGCCAGGAAGCUGUCGCCGCGAUUGGGGGCCGCGGCGGAUGGCAGCAGCGAGAAGAGGCCAAGCCGCGCGGGUCGUGCGUGCAUGCGCUCGCUGAGCAACAGUUUCGAGCCAAACACAGCUGCACUGGUCUGCUGCUACCGCGGAAAUUGUUUCUUCGCCUCGACACCUUCCCAUACCUCGCGGCCCUGCGCUGCUCGCCGCAACUAGGCGCGCGCCACCGCGUCACAGAAGCCUUGGGGCCGCCAGAGGCUGAGCACAAAUGAGCUCUAACUACGUUGUAGAGUAUGCCAAGAGCGGCCGGGCUAUGUGCAAGGGCUGCAACAAGCCCAUCGCCGACAAGGCGCUGCGGCUGAGCGUGCAGAGCACCAAGGAGCCGGAGGAGGGCGCCAAGGACCACCGGCGCUUCACAAACAACCGCCACAUCGAGUGCCUCACCAAAACGGUGGUGGCCAAUGGGCUGAAGGUUCACGACUCGGCGGAUCAGUUCCCCGGCAUGGCGGACCUGACGCCGUCGGACCGGGAAAGGGUCCUGGACAUCAUCGAGAAGGUGAUGGCGGGCACCUGGGAGGCGCCGGCCAAGGCAGACAGCCCCGCCAAGGGCAAGCGCAAGUCGGAUGAGCACGAUGAGGGCGCGGACGUGGAGGGCGCCGACACAAAGAAGAAGAAGACGGUCAAGAAGGGCGGCAAGAAGAAGACCAAGAAGGCGGCGAACGGCGACGAUGAUGAUGAGGAUGACUAUUGAUGAUGAGGCAGCUACUGGUGCGGUAGUGGCCGACAAGCACAAGGAUACGUGAAGAUUUCUGUUUGGGGUGGGAAUGGGAAUUGAGGUGCAGUAUGAUGCACCACGCCUUGAGGACUUGCAUCGCACGGUCUCACCAUGCCCUUACGGGGAUCCAGCCUCGUGUUUCGCAGAGUCGUCGUGUGUGCACAUAUGCAUGCCGCCAGAUCACCAGAUGGCCAGUGUCAACACUAAUCCAGUAUGCAGGGCAAGGCCAUGCCGUGUGGUGGUUGUCCUAGGUACCGUGUGGCAGACUGGCAGUGUGCGGGACCCACAACAGCGUGGGGGAUUGACGGUGGAGGGAAAUGUUACAUGCCAGGGGCCAUGUGCUUAAAAAGAAGAACCGCUAUGAUUCCGGUGAAGCAGAAGCAGGCUGACGCCGGCGGAGGAUCCGGGAUUGGAACCAGAUCAAAGGUCC